UGCAUAAAAGUUUCAUGAAAAAGUAAUAAUUAUUUUCUUAUGUUUGAUUUAUUUCAGGAAGUAGGACAUUGGUUAGAAAAGGAAGAUGUCGACGGAUUCACCAAGAAGGGGAGCACAAAAAGGAGCACAGGUGAUUGCGCCUCAGCCAGUCAAUGAUCGCACCAUCAUAGACAGUGUCGCCGGCAUAAUUAAUGACAUUGUUCCUCAAGCAUACACAGGAGCACCUAAUUCGGAAAACAAAGAGUCCAUAACAUGGGCCAGGUUCGAGUACGCCGACGUGAACGAUCCUUCCUUCUAUCCUGACUAUAAUGAAGGCUCCAGCACGCCACCCUUGCUGCUGGUGCUUGGCUAUGCAACAGGAGUGCAGGUAUGGUUAGUGUCGGCGUCGGGGGAAGCGACGGAAGUUUUGUCUUGGCGACAGGGUGUCGUCCGUAACCUGAGAGUUUUACCCAAUCCAAAGCUGGACGAUGAACGCAAUGAUCCCUUCAAGACGAAACGACCCCUGGUUGCGAUAUGCGACUCCGCUGGCCCUGGACCACAAUUCUGCAACGUCGGCUUCAUCUCUUUAAAAACUGGCGAGCAAGCAAAAAGUAUAAAAUUUAAAAAUCCCGUCUGCGAUGUCCUUGCCAACAAGAAGUCGGUGGUAGUUACUUUCUUGGAAAAGAUCGCGGUCUUCGAUGCCAGGACGCUAGAGGACGUUCUCACCGUAACCACCUGCUACCCGAGUCCUGGCCCGAAUCCUAAUCCAGUGGCUCUCGGCACAAGAUGGCUUGGAUACAGUGAGAAGAAGUUAAUACCUGCCAGACGAAGCAGCGGCGGUAGCGAAGGUGAAGGUGUUCAAAGUUACACGGCGACGGUUCUUUAUGCAGCGAAAUCCCUUGGAAAAGGUCUUCGAGGUUUGGGAGAAACCGUUGCAUCUAGCUUAACGGGGAGUUCGGUUUCACCGACGGUCUGCAAUAAUGUGGAAAAUGAUGUGAUACAACCGGGUGUAGUGACAAUACUUGAUCUUCAAACAGCAAAAGACGAGAAAGAUUUGGACGAGAUGUUAGAGACGUUUGUUGCUCAUUUCACUGCCCACAAUGACGCUAUCGUCGCCAUGACAUUCGAUAUGACUGGAGCAUUAUUGAUGACCGCUGACAAAAGAGGACACGACUUUCACGUUUUUAGGAUACAACCCCACCCUAGUGGUCCUUCUCUCGCUGCAGUGCAUCAUCUCUAUGUCCUGCAUCGUGGCGACACCACGGCGAAAGUUCAAGAUAUGACAUUUUCAAGUGACACACGUUGGGCAGCGAUUUCAACAGUUCGCGGUACUACACAUGUCUUUCCGGUGGCUCCUUACGGCGGUCCCGUUGGCGUUCGAACUCACUCAACGCCUCACGUAGUUAAUAGACUUUCGAGAUUUCAUCGAAGUGCCGGUUUAACUGACGAUGGAACCAGGUCUCAUUCUCCAGUUUCGCAUGCUGAACUACCUCUUUCUGUAUAUCCGUACACGAAUCCUAGACUUCCACCUUAUCCCCAUCCUACGAUUCUGCAUCCUUUGGCACAAAUUCGUCAGCCUUCGUCGCUUAACCACGUUAAUAAUCAACCACAGCCAAGUGGCAGAAAGCAACCAAGGCAGAGACUUCUCUCAGAUGAAAGCGUAACUUUAUCUUUGAAAAUUUGCGCCUGUUUUGCACCUCCACGAGCUUGGAUUUACGCACAACGAGAUUCCACAAAACAAGCUGCAAAAAGGGCAGUUGAAUCCUUGUUCAUUAUGGCUUGUCACGGAAACAUGAUUCAAUAUGAUCUGGAACCCAAACCAGCCGCAGGUGUCCCGAAGGAGAAGGUUUGCGACGAUACUUCCAUCGAAUUGGAUGUGGAAGCGAAAGGUCAGUGGCCUCUUCUGCGUUCUCCUGGUUCCAUUGAAAUCAUCCCCCCUCUCCCACUUUCAAGUUCUCUUAUUGGGGUUCCCCCACUGCCAAAUAAUCUUCAGCAACUUGAAUCAGACGAGGAUCGAUGGCUCAGCCAAGUUGAAAUCGUAACGCAUGCAGGACCGCAUAGAAGACUCUGGAUGGGGCCACAGUUUGUUUUUAAAACGUACAACGCACCGAGCGGGGUAGCCGUUAACCUGUUUGAAGCAGAAACUGUAGAAAUCGCUGUGUCGGGUGGAUCUCGUCCUGCAAGAUCGAACCCUGUUAAUAUGCCACAUGCAGCUAGCAAACCUUUAGUGCCCGUCGUCAUGGAUGGAUCUGGAAGUAGUUACGAGCAAUCCCCAAGGUUUAUGGAACCAUGUGGAGACUCCUUAGAAAACGAGAACAUGGGUCUCGGAAGUGGCGAAAACCAACUUAGGGAGGAUCUUGCCGAAGCAAUGCUGGAAACGUCAGUAGCUCCUCAUAGAGUUCCGGGGAGGCGAUUGGUUAUUGAAAGGGUGGGACAGCCGGUAGCUAAAGUCGUCAACCCGUUGGGCACUGUAAUAACCGUUUCGGCCGACGAGGAAGAUGAUAGUUUUAGCCAGGAUUAUGACCUAGACGCAGAGACGACUCCCGAGCCCCCCCGAAGCGUCUGUGCCGAAGAAGGUCCCGCCUCCCUGGGAGACUUUGAGUCCGAGGGUCAAGCACUCCGCAGCCACACAGAGAUCUGCGCCGAAAUGCGAUCAGCAAACGAGCCCGCGAUUGGCAGCGUGCCGGACGAGAACAUCGAAGAGGUCAGGGGAAAAAAAACCCUAUGUGCAGAGGCUGCUGAGGUUGCUAAAAGCUCCAUCUUCGAGCGCGAGGAUUCUUUUUGUGACAUGCCUACAAGUCUGAGCCUCUGCGCGCAGCAAGGUGAAGUCCCGAACAGUCCCAUGACUCAAGCACGGGACUAUGAUUGGCGGUCAAAGUGCGAAGAUCAGGAGAGGAACUUCGCCAAGGCUAAGUAUGUUGUCAACUAUGAUGAAGAUAGCGUUAUAUUGAUGGAGAAUAAAUCUGGAAGGAGGAAAGCCCAACGGAAAGAGGAGAAACAUGAAAAAGGAGAAAAGGUGCGUAAAAAAGAUAUUGAGAAUAUUGAGCCAAAGUACCUUCUCAAGGAGAGCGAAGACAGUAUAGUUGUCGAGGAUCUUAUGGAGAAUAGGAAGAAAAUAGACGAGGAAAAGAAUGGAAGCUUGCAAAAGGAUAUAAAGGAGAUGAUGCCGGAGACUUUAAACCCGAAGGAGAGAAGGCGCGAUUCCUUCGAAACCAUUGGCGAGACUGUACAUAAGACCUUUGACCUUGACACUAUGAUGCUACCCCCUCUGGAUCCUAGAGACGACUUUGCGUCAAUCGAGUACCAUAUGGUCGAGAUGGUAUCUCACCAGUCGGAUGAUGAUAUUGAACACAUUCAGGUUUCUGAGAACCUAGUUGGAACUGAGCUGGAGAAGAGUAAGCCCAUUUUACGUAAGUGUAGCAAAAGCACGAUUUCUGAUGACGAUCUGGAACAUAUUCAUUCUGCGGAAUUGCUGGAAGAACCUCAGAAAAUGAAAGAGAGCGAGAAAAAGAAAGAACGGGAAAAGUUCGAAGAGAAGCAGAACAUGAAAGAAUAUCGAAAAAAUGAGAAAGUCGAAGUACAGCUGGUAGAAAAGAACAAGCUCCGCGAGGAAGAAAAGGUCCUGAAAGGUGUUCUAUCUUCGGAUGAAGACAUAGAACACGUGCUAUCCUCAGAAUUGGAUGUUACACCUAGCGAGGGAUACCGCAAGACCAAAACACGCGGUAAGAGACAUAAGGACGUAGUGGUAAUUGUCGGCGACGUAUUUUCUGAGGCGGAAGUGACUCUUGUUAAGCCAAUUGAAGGCUGGAAUAGGAGCAAGACUCUGGAAAAGGAUCUAGCAGAGGAGAUCGACCACUGUGAUCUGAAGCUCGAAGAUGAGGAGAAAAAACAGAAGAAGGUUUCAGUGUCGAGGCGGCAGUCAACGGUGGAGAUAAUUGACAUCGAUGCUAUGCAGAAGGCAGAUUUAGUUAAAACUCCCGCUCCGGAAUUAAAAAUUCUUGAAGGUGGGACGAAAAAAAAAAAGAAAGGAAAGAAGGGCGCAGAAGGUGGGUGUCAUGCUUUAAAACAAAAGGUGCUAGAUACAGAGGUUGACCGUUCAAAGCUUCAGGGUGCUUGGAAUACCGUCUCCCAGGUCACAGAGGAGAAAUCAGACGGGACUCCCUGGAGUUCUAUUGUCAAAAAGAAGAGUAAGUCGGAAGAAAAGGAAAUUGAAUUAGAAGCUGAAGUUCCAGAAAGUAAAAGGAAAAAAGACAUUCAAGGUCAACCAAGGGUAGAGCCUUGUUUUGAGACUUAUAAACUUUCCGUGGAACGUUCUACUUUUGUAGAAGCUUCUAACGCUAUUCAAGAAGAUCCCAAACCUCUAGAAGAAAACAAAUUUCUCUUAGAUGAUAACAUCGACGCAGGGAAGAGAAAAGCAUUAGAAGAAGUUAAUAUUCUAUUGCAGACAAAUUGUCCUUGCAAGUUAAAGGAAAUUCAAUCAGAUGAAAGAAGCGAUUCGGUACCAGAAAACAGAAGUAACUCAGAUCCAGAAAAGAAAAGCGAUCCCGCAUCAGGUAAGAAAAUCUAUUCGGAUCCUGAGAAUUUAAAGGAGAGUUCGAGUUCGUCGGAUGAUCCAAAUGCGAAUAUAGUUCCAAUGGACACGGAGGAAGAUGGCGCAGUUCGGGAAACAGCCGAUAAAGCUCCAACUGAUUCAGAUGUGGUGACCGUUAAUAAAAAGCACAACAGAUCCAAGAAAAAAAGACGCAGAUGAGAAGAGGGUGGCCUGGACAUCCGCAGGGCAAGCUUUGCCUUGUAUAUAAUUCUUAUGCAAGUGGCAGGGGUUGAUUAGCAAAGGUUAGAACCUGAAACGCGAUUGUAAACAUUGAUUGAAAAAUUGAACAUUGUAAAUCGAGUAACUGAUUUGAAGUUUCUGUUAUUUUCAUUAUAAUUUCAUUACAUGUAAUGGAAGUAAUGUUCUUUCAUACGGCUGCGCAGUCUUAUCUUGUCGAAAUUGUGUUUGCGUAGUGCCAUUUUGUUUCAGUUAAAGUUGCACACCCAAAGGAUACCGGGACAUCCUAAAGACGUCCUGAGAAUGUAUUUCUAUGUCAUGCGAUUUAAAGUCUUCAAGACAUUCUUUGGGUCUUUUCAUGUCUUUCAAAUAUCCUCAAGACGUCUGCUACAAGACGUCUAUAGGACAACCUUAGGACUUCAGUGCUUACUGGGAAGUAAUGUCCUCCCAGAGGUCAUCCAGGCACCCUAAAGACGGCCGUAGAAUAUACCACUAUGUCAUGUAACUUAACGUCUUUAAGACAUCCUUUUGAUCUCUCCAUGCCUUUCGAAGGUCCUCAGGAAAACUUCCGUCAGACGUCAACAUCAUUCGCGAGUUUCAAAACAAUGUUUGGACAAUCGGAACGUUUUAAAGCAUGGAUUAGUUGAAAUACUUCUAACGUUACAUUAGGUUAAAACCUAUAAUCCUGUUCAGUUUAAGAUCAUCAAAUUAAAAAAAAAAGCUUCGACUAAGCACUACAAUAAUAGUUUUCAAACUUCCCGGGGUGCAUUCAUCAAUGUUUUUCAAGAUUACAGUUUUAAAAAAAUCUAUUUUUUAUUAGUUUUUGGCCUAACUUAGAUGUUCAAACAUUAUUUAUAGACUCUGGUGAGGUUUACUUUUUUCUUUAGAAAUCCGCCGGAGAAUUGGAAACUAGCUUAAAAUUGAUAAAAUGACUGCGAUUUGUUUAAAAUUUUAAAAAGUAUUUUUGCAAGAAAAGAACAAGAUUAAAUUUGUUCCUAAAUUUUUGUUGGGUUUUUUUAUGAAACAACGGAAGAUAUCUUGUAUCGUUUACCAGCAAUUUCGAAACUUUAAUUGUUGUUCUAAAUUACCAUUGAAACAAAAUUCAUGGCUUAAAAUUCACAGGAUCUCUUGUUUGUGAAAGGAGCAAAAACUUAUGAGCGCUGGUUGUAGGCGCUGGCUAUAGGCGAUUUGAUAAGAAAUACCGUUUUUGUAGCGGAAAACAAAGCGAUUAAAAUCAGGUCAAAAAUAGGUUAUUAAAAAAUAGUGUCGGAUAGUUCCUGUCACUAGACAAAAAAAAUAGUAACAACUGAAAUUACGUAAAAUGAAUUACUAAAAAUUACAGAGCUAAGUGGUUAUACAAAUAUUUUAUGCCAUGAUUUGUCUAAAUUUGAUGAGAUAUACCUAUUAUUUUUUACAGACACAACCUCAUAGAACCUUGAUAAAAUAGAUUUUCUUUCAAAACGAUAAAAGAUAUGGAUCAAUACCUGUAAAUUGGUAGUUUGAGACAAUCAUACAAGAAAAAAGCUUGACUUUUUACUGUAAAGAUUAUCAUUUUUUCAAAACAAUCUGUGGCGAGAUCUGCCCGAAUUUCCCCUAAUGAUUAGACAAAAUCAGAAAGUAGUCUGGGAAUUUUGAAAAAUAAUUUUUGGUUCCAACCUAUGCGUUAAACCGAGAAUGACCAGACAUUUUUUCGUUGAUUUAAAACAGCCACUUUGGAAGUUUCAUAGCGUAUUAAACUAUUAAUUUUGUUGUUUUUGACUUACGUAAUUAUACAGAAAGCAAGGCUCUGCUGUUUCAAAAUGUCAGUGUUCGAUCCUAUCAUUGCGUAAACGUUGGCUCUGAUGAAAAAACCGUGUAUCCCUUUGGAUGAGCAAACAUAAAAUUGUUUAAUUAAAAAAUAAGCCUUACGCUGCAAAGACCCAAAUAGUGGGCCACCCCAUGAAAAAUUAUGUCGCUAAUUGUUUCAUAAAUAUCUAUAAUAUUUAUGCGGACAAUUAUUCUGUUCGAGGAUGUCGACUAUUUUUCAAUGAACAUUUGUAAUAAUUAUUUAACUAAACAUUUAUUAUUUUGCAUAGGGUGAUACACUGUGGGAUCGUUACCCCAUGAAUGAUACUUCUUUGAAAAAGAUUUUCAGAAUUAAGCCUUUGAUAUUCUUUUUUUAAGAAUUCUGAGAUUUUCCAUCGGAACAGGGAAGUGAUUUAAUAUAAUGUUAUUCGUCAAUAAUCUUGUCAGUUAUGUUAACUCUAAUUUUCCGUACUCCUAAGACCUGAGAUAUUUUCAGUCUUAUAACGACUCAUUUUAAAACAUGAGAAGAGCAUUACAUGAUAAACAUGGUUGUGCAUGGAUUUAGUAAAUAUUUGGGACACAUAACUCUAAUUAACGCGAAGUACCGUUUUUGCAAAAUUUUUAUGUAUUUCAGAAGUUAUAUGCAAAAGACGAAAAAUGAAAUUUUCUCCGAAACUGCUACGCCAUUUUUUUAUAGUUCCAAGUAUAUAUUGUAGGGUCAAGCAAAGAAAUUUUAGGAAACACUUGGAGAUCAUUUUGAUCCACUGGAAGGGGCAGAAAAAUACCAUUCAAAUUUGUUUGACUUCCUUGUAUGCAAUACUUUUCUAGAACAACUACAGUAUUUUUUUCUGUAACUGAUUCUGAACUCAAGUAGUAACAUAUUUUUCCCCAGGUGAAAGGAAGAGUAUAGAACAAAAUAGAAAACUGGUUUUCAUAAAUGUUUUUCUUAACUAUUCAUAUUUCCAUUAACAUACACACCUUUUGCCAACGCUUAAAAAAUAUGCUCAAAUACCUUCAUUAGUUACCGAAAAAAUAGGUUUUAAAAUGAAAUGUUUGUGUACAUAAUUAAAAAAGUUUUUAUUUGUAUGGGUCUUGGUUUCGUAAAAUUACUUCUCUAAUAUUCCUCCACAGUUUCAUAUGAAUAAAAAUACAAUUAAUGUUUGGUUUAGAACAUUUGAUAUUCACAGUUAUGACACUCUGUUGCAAAAUGACACAUUCCAUGUAAGGUGACAUUCACAUUAAAAUCAAAUGCCUUAAGCCUAACAAAUAUUGGGCAAAUAUAGUCGAGGGCAGUACAACCAUGCUUAUCCUGCUAUGCCAUUUAGCGGUUAUUAAAAUGUGAUAAAAAGGAUUUUAAAGCAACAGUGAGAGUUUACACCAUCUGAGCACGUAAAUUCUCGUGUCAUCAUGGUAUUUGGCUUUAAUUCAGGAUAUAUGAUUGUUUCUUAAUGAAAAAAUUCCGUCAAGUAUAUUUCGAAAUUCGAAAAAAUAGCGGAGUUAUGGGGCUUUGACUUUAUGGACAACUUUUUAAAAAAUAAUUGUUUAAAAAAUUAUGAUAUCUUAAUUAAAAGGUCAUUUAUGAUCGUUUAUAUAAAAAAACAGUAUUCAUUUCCCGAAAGAUAGCUGAAGCAAAUAAUUGUUUAUUAAAUUUGUUUAUUGCAUGACAAAUUAUUUAAUAAUUUUCAUUAUUCCAAUUCAGAGACCUCUUUUGUCUAAACAUUAUAAACAAAUAUGGAUGCGAUUACGUAAGUAACCAAACACUGCUAAUCUCCACAGAAUGAUUUUCAUCCACUUAUUUGUUUUUAACAAAUUCAAUAAAUGUUUUUAUGCAACUUUUGCAGUUCUACUGGGAAAGAUUUCCAGACCGUUGUUUCAUUGAUUCUAGAUAUUUUUAAUUGAAUUUGAAUAUUUGAUGGUUUUUUUCCACUGCUAAACAAUCAUAUACCUGAAUGAGAGCCAAAUCCCAUUCUGAUAAAUAAAAAUUCACGUCAUCAGAUUACGUGGAGUCCCCCUGAUCGCCUUCAUUGUAUUAACAAUGGUUGGAAGUCGGUAUACCACCUUUCAUUUAUUCUUAGUUACAUUUUAAUUUAUGUUAGAAACAUUCACUUUGACGGUUGAAGUCUAACCUGUAAACAUUUUUAACCCUGAGAAAGGUAGUUCUUCUGAUUGUUUCACUGUUGUGUUCUAAAAAAGAAGAUAAUUUUGAAGAAAUAGUAUUUUUUUAAAGGAGAUUUACGUUUAAUUUAUUUUUUGUUUUAAGUAAUUUUAGAAAAAUGACUUUAUAAUUGUUCCUUGCCACCCGUCACUACCAGGGCAGUUAAAGGGUAGACCUGCAGAAGUACAUAGACGCCAUUUUUUCGUAAAUGAUAUGAUUGGCUCACAAAAUCAGAUAAAUUCAAGUAGUGGUAAAAAAAGUUUUUUUUUAUAAUAUUUUUCUCAUUUUGAUUUUUUUAAAAAAUUUUUUCCCAAACCAAAAGCGACAAAUCUAUUUUACGUUUGCUUCUUUUGAGGAGAAAUUAUCAUUUAAAUCGCAGUCUUUAAGUUGAGAAAACAUGCGUCUCGACCGAAACAAAAUUCCUCUCCAUUUUUUCGGAAAAUAGCGUAUUCCGAUCAAACUUUUCAGGUUUUAAUUCCGCAGUGAUGAAUGUCGAGAGCCUUAUUUUUUCUUUACUGAAAAUUUUAUUUUUGAGAACGUUUUUUGUAUUUUCUGAACAAUGGUAAAAAUAGUACUUAUGCAGACAUGCAAAGCUACUUUCCAGUUAUAGUAUAUUGAGUUUCUUGUAAAUUAAACAGCGUUGUCUCCGCAGUAUUCAUUCUUGUAUCUAAACUUAUUCAAGAUCUACGAAUUUUUUCCAACUUAAAGUGUAUAUUAAUCAUGGAAAUAUUGUAAUCGGCAAAAAAUAAUUAUUAUAUAUGUAAGUAAUUAUACUAAAAUUUACAAAAAGUAAAGUCCUGACGUAAAGACUUAAAGAGAUUGAAUAUUUGCAGAUCUGUACAAAAUUCUGAUGGAAAAUUCAAGUGAUUUUUUGUUUAAAAACCCAGGCCAUCGCUUUAAAAGAGUUGGACAGUUUGAGAAAUUUAAUAAUAUUUUUGCAGGCCAAUGGGCAUUAUUUUGUAAAUAUUUUUUAAACAAUCUCAAAAUAGUAUAUAUUUUUUGUUUUUACUCUUCAAGCGAAGUAGUGUUAUUAUUUAAAAAAUAAUUUUCAUUUGAAAGUCUACAUCUUUAUAACUUGUGGAAUAUUUUUUUUUAUUUUAAAGGAGACUGCGUGGUCCGUUUACCUUAUAAUUGAUUUUAAAUGACAUGUGCGAGAAAUAUCGAAAAAUAGUGACAAAAUAGAGGGAUUAUCCCUCUGAAAAAUCUCGUGAAAAAAAGUUCAAAAUACUCACCUUAGCCUACUAAAAACAAUUAAGGAAAAUGUCGCCCUGUCUAGUGUAAGUUUUUUCUCGCAUUUGAACUCCUUAUUGUAGAAAACUCUUAAAAAAUAAUCUUAAUGACUUUUCGGAUGUUCGAAAGAACUGUUUAUAAAGAGUUAUUAGGUAAAAAAGCGAGUUUUGAAACAAAUAAAAAGUAGCUUUAAGUCUAUCAAGUGUUUCGUAAUUCGUACGUGUAUAAAAGUAUGAAACCAAGAGAAAAAGGGAUAAGAGCACGAAAGAAACAAAAGCAACUCAAGCGUUAAACGGAGACGAAACUUGCGACUGCAUAUAUAGAUUUUAAGAUUAUUUGGAUUUUUUAUUCCGAAAUUUCGUUUGCGCAACAUAUAAGAUAAAUUCUAAUGUGAGUCCCGAUCUCUUCGGAGUGACGAUAAAAAGUUUUUAAUUCAGGUACGAAAAAUUUUGGUGUUUACGCGUUCAGUUGGCGACGUUUAUGUGCUUGAUAUAAAAAUUCAUUCAUUAAUCAGAAUUAAGAAAUAAUCGCUGAUUAACGUAAGAGGAAUUUUAAAAAAUUUGCACAACCAUUAUUUGCAAUAAAUUACUUAAAAUAUGCUUCAAAUUUUACUAAUAAGUAUUUGGAAGAUACUGAAAGUCGAAUUAAACAAUUCAUUAGCUCCUGUUAAACAAUCGACAGAAUUCCGCUCUCGUUUGAAUUUACUUAAUGUAAAAAUUAUGUAUAAGUUGAUUCAUCAAUUCUAAAUACAAGCCCAUGUUAAAAAAAUAUAUAUUAUCGGGAGAAACUUUAACCCUUUCGUUGGCAGAGAGAAUUCGACAAAAAGUGCCAAAAACGGAAGGAAAAUUGGUUAUCCUGAAAAUUUGUCUCCUGGGGUUUUUGGGGUCGCUGAAUCCGAAUAUGAAGUUAAAAUUCAGAUGUCCAAAAUGGCGGAUGCAAUAUGGUGGACGAAAAUACAAAAAAACGGCUCGAUUUGGAUAAAUCUUGUUGCUUCCGGGUUUUUGGGGUCGCUGAACCCGAAAGCGAAGUCAAAAUUUAAAAUUUUUAAAUGGCGGACGAAAAUAUCUGCCAUUUAAAAUUGUCAAAUUUUGAAUUCAGAUUCGGAUUCAGCGAUCCCAAAAACCUCCGAGUAAGACUUGAGUGCAAAAUCGGAGUAAGUUAAAUAGGAAAAAAGAAGAUUGACGCAUUUUGCGUCAAUGCCACACAGGGCACGGAAAUUUUGACGCAUUUUGCGUCAAUGCCAACGAAGGGGUUAAUCAUUUAUGUUGCUGCUCUCUUAGCUUUAGAAGCGCUGUGUGGAAGGAGUGAUAAUAAAUAUCAGAAUUUAAAAAAACUACUGUAAAAUGUAUCUAGUUUGCAAAAAUUGUACAAAAAGUUUUUUUUUCGAGUGUCUUAUGAACUUAUAUGCGUAAGAACUUGAAACAAAUUAACACAGGAUUUUGGAGGAGUUUCAAAAAACGGUAUGAAAGAAAUAAAUUUUUUAAAGCCA